AUGUCUAAGGAAAGCAAAGAUCGCCAGCUUACGUAUUUUGAGAAGCAACGUGAUCUGCUGAUCACCGAGAUUGCCACUUCGAUGGACACAGUGCUCAACAACAUCAACGCGCUGAAUAGAUCGCUGGAAGGGACAGUGGCUGUUGGAAAGGAAUUUGAAAGCGUUGCAGCUCUUUGGGCCAAUUUCUAUGAUGCAAAGGCUCAGAUGGAACGUAUGAGACCACUGGACACAGAGGUGAUGACAGGCUCUGAUGCUGUCGAGCCGUUAUCUACAGACGUAGAGAAAAUGGAUGCUGAUAUAACGAGCAAUCCCGAGUCAAACAAUGGUGCAAACUGA